UUUAGGUUUUUGUUUUGAUUUGAUUUCUUGUCUAAUUUAAAAUUGAUUGGGAACAAAAUUUUAAUUAAUUUAAUUACUAUUAUAUUGUAAGUGUAAUUGUUUUUGUUUCUUUUCUAAUUGAUAAUUUACUAAUUAGGAAUGACCCAAUAUUUACCACCUAAUCUAUUGGCGUUAUUCGCCCCUCGUGAUCCUAUUCCAUAUCUUCCUCCGGUAGAUAAAUUACCUUUCCAGAAAAAGACUACUGGUUAUACCGGCGUAGCCAAAUACGUUUCCUAUUUUGAGGAUCCUAAGGAUACUCCACCGCCUAAGCGUAUUGAAAGUAGAGAAGAACAUCUUGAAAGAAAACGAAGAGAAAAAGCUGAACAAGUCAUCUACAGGUUAGAACAGAGAAUAGCUUCAUGGGAUCCUCAGAAUAAUGCAACUUCAACAACCGAUCCAUAUAAGACCCUGUUUAUCGCUAGAAUUAAUUAUGACACAUCAGAGAGUAAAUUGAGACGAGAAUUUGAAGCUUAUGGAACCAUCAAAAAGGUAAUAAUUGUUCAUGACAAAAUAAGUGGGAAACAUCGAGGCUAUGCUUUCAUUGAAUAUGAACAUGAACGGGAUAUGCACGCGGCUUACAAAUAUGCUGACGGUAAGAAAAUUGAUGGACGUCGAGUUCUAGUGGAUGUUGAAAGGGGUAGAACUGUCAAAGGAUGGUUACCGAGGAAAUUAGGUGGAGGAUUAGGCGGAACUCGAAGAGGUGGACCUGAUCAGAAUGCUAAACACUCUGGGCGAGAAGAUAACAGAUAUGAUGAUGCGGAACGAGAGAAAUUUGAACGUAUGAAUUUAUCUAGAGAUCGUGAAAGAGAUCGAGGAGAUAGAGGUGAAAGAGGAGAAAGAGGAGAAAGGGAGAAAGAGGUGAUAGAGAUCGUGGUGAUCGUGGUGAACGCACUGAACGUUCUGAACGAACUGAACGUGGUGACAGAGGAGAUCGAGAUCGUAGAAGAAGACGAAGUAGAAGUAGAGAUGAGAAGCGAGAUCGAGAGCGAAGAAAGCGAAGUAGAAGUCCUAGAGAUAAAGAACGAGCAGAACGUGGUGAAAGAGAGCGACGUAGAGUUGAUGGAUCAAAAAGCCCCACCAAAGUCGCAGCAUUCUAAUCGUAGUCAAACCCCAAAACAAAGAAUAAAGAUGUUCAAACUGUUCUUCACUUCGAUCUUCAAAAAAAUAAGUCCAGUCAAGUUCCACCCCAAAGGCUAAAAACCAUUUGCAAAUUUUUCGACUGAAAACCAGGUCAAAAUAAUUCACGGACUUUCAAACAUAAUAUUCUGUCUUUUUAUCGCAACUCGAAUCGUGCCACUUGGAAUUCGAAUGUGAUAUUUAGAAUAUGAAAAAAAUUUCAGAUAAUCGAUAAUAAUUUUGUUAUUAUACAUUUUAACUGAUAAACUGUAUCUAUUAAUACAAUCCCAGGAUAUGA